GAGUUGCAGUUGCGACUCAAAGAGGUCUACAAGCAAGAUAUUGGGGACCGCUCCAGGUCCAGAGUACUAUCGCCAUCAACUACUUUGAGGCUGAAACCUCUGAGGAAAUCAGUGAAAGAUGAGAUUGAGAACGAUGUUCCCAAGGUGACGCAAGCCGCCUCGAUGCAGUUCGAUGUGGAUGACGAGGAACCUGUCGUGACCAAAGUGUCUUCGAAUAAAGCAAUGUGGUCCAUGGCAAAGUCAGCACGAAAGACAACCACGCAGUUUGAGGAAACUCUCCUCAGCAGAAGUGACUUUAGAUUUCAAAUUGGUGCAGAAUUGAAUAUCUCAGACCAGACCCUGUAUGACCUGGAGAAAAAUCGACUGACGGUGUCAUCUCCAGCGCCAUCUGCACGAACAAACUCAGUACAGAGUCGCACCACUAGAGCUUCCUCCACAGGUUUGGCAUCUGCUGGAUGUGCCAUGCACCCGGAAUCACGGAAGCGUAUCGUUUGGGAUUGCUUGGCCAUGGUGGCACUGUGUAUCGAGGUGCUAACUGCCCCGUUACAAGUCUACAAUGUCGACGGGGUUUUCAGAGAAGUGGCGGAUGUGAUGCACUGGACCACAACGGGGUACUGGCUCUUGGACGUGCCAAUGUCCUUCCUGACAGCAGUCUACAUCCAUGACAUUCUCCACUCGCGUUUGAUCGAUGUUGCAAAGGUUUAUAUCAAGUUUUGGUUUUGGUUCGACAUGUUGAUGUUAGCUCCCGAAAUUCUAUUCUUUGUGAAUCUCUUUAUGAGCGACAGCGAUGACGGUGAAUCGGAUCCAGCAGCCUCAGGGGUCUUGCGCGCCUUGCGAGCGAGGCGCCUGGUGCGGCUCAUCCGCUUUGCACGCGUGAUGAGAUUUCGCAAGGUCAUGACGCUACUGAAGAAGUUCAGCUUCUACAAAUUCUUCAGGAUGUUCUUGCAGGGCUGGGUGUCAUCCGCUUUGAUAUCCAUAUUUACUUUGCUGAUGGGCGUCAUGGUAUCAGUUCACUUCCUUGCAGCUUUGUGGUUUGUCGCUGGAGAUGUGGAUGGUGGAUGGGCCAGAGAGGAAGGUUUAACACAGACUUCCUUUGCUCAGCAAUAUAUGCGAAGCGUUGAGUGGGCUGUGUCCAGGCUCCCUGCUUCAUCAUUGAGAGCCAAUGUGGAGCUAAAGACUGCCUUUGAACGAUACCUGGCCAUCAUUGCAACCUUUGUAGCGCUCUGCGUCUCCUCUCUCUUCGUGUCAGUUUUGACCAACAUCAUGGCAGAUGUAGCGAGGAGGACCCGCAAGAUGACGCAGAUGCUGGAUUCCGUCAGAAAGUAUUGCGGCACCUGCGGUGUGUCAAUGAAACAUGCGAUGAAGAUCAGAAAACUGGUGGAGCGUGAACAUUUUCGAGCAACCAUACAGGACCAUAUGCAGUUUCUUCUGUCUUUACCGGAAGGCUUGGUCCGCGAACUGUUCCACGAGGCACGAAGUUUGACCUUGGCCACCACCCCUUCUUCAUGGAGAUCGGCAAUGAAUGAUUCUGUUUUCCUUCGGCAGCAAAAGGCCGAGGGGAUAUACAUCUUGGCAUCUGGCGCUGGUUUGUAUACAACGCAGGAUGCAAGCUCACAGCCCGCACAUGGAAGUAGACGUAGGCAUUCGCUCAGCAAUCUUAUGAUGUCCAUUCUCGGAAAUGGACCAAGCCGAAAUUCUGAGCGCAUUGACAACGAAGAUGAGAUGGAUCAGAGAUCGUCCAUGGGCUCCGGAAAGGCCAAUGCUGUCUCUUUGGUCAACAUCUAUGCCGAAGAAUGUCUCAGUGAGCAGGCCUUGUGGAUCCGGGGCUGGAAACAUCGGGGCCUGUUCGAGGUGACCGUGGAGAGCAGGGCGGUGAAACUCUCGAGGAAGGAGUUGCGCAACGUGCUUCAGGACUUUUCGGAGAUUCUCGCGACUGCGGUGGUUUAUGCUCGCUCUUUCGUCAACGCUGUCAACCGCAUGCCUGUGCCGGAUGUCACCGACAUGCCUUUGAAUCCAGCUCUUCUGCACGACGAAGGGGAUCCAGACCGACAUUUGACAAGGAUUGCCAGUGCGACGAGAAGUGACAACAUCGCGAAGAUCCUUCCAUCUGAUGACUGA